AUGUCAAAAAUCACAGGAAUGGCAGCUACAACAUUACCAGCAGACGACACUAUACUUGAACAUAGAUUUACAAAAUUAUGCUAUCAUCUGAAAUCAUCACCAGAAGAAUCAGCUCUUCAUUUUCCAUUUGAAAUGAGAGCCAUAGUUCAGAACAGAAUCGAUCAACUUGAGAAAAUCAAUGUAAAGAAUAAACAAAUCCAGCAAGAAAUUACUCUUCUGAAACAUGAAGUCAUCGCAUGGAAUCUAUUAGAUUCCUUUUCACGUGCAAGCUCAAAACAACCUAGUCCAUUAUGGCAUUGUUUGUAUAUCAAAUCAUGGCUAGAGGAAACAACCAAAGCAAAUCUUACAGAAGACAGAUCACCUUUUGGCGAAUCUGAUGACGAUAUGGAAGAUGAGAUACCAGUGUUGAAUUCCAAUAUAAAGGCCAAAGAACAGGCCAGACAAUUAAAAAAACGAAGACUGGACUCUUUUGACAGACAAGAUCUCGAAGCUUACUACAUAACGAUUCUCAAGCUGAUCAGACGCGGCCAGUUUGAUGAGCUGACUAGCUUGGCGUCCCAACACACCGAUUCCCGAAAGGUUUUCUUCAUUCAUUUUGCUGAUCUUAUGAAGAAGGCAGAAGAUGGAAUCGGCAUAGAAUGGAAAGCAGAAAAACGAAAAAUGUGGAAAAAGAUGUGUGAUGAUCAACUUAAGGAUAAAAAUCUAGGCCCAUACGGAAAGGCAGUAUUCUCUGCAAUAACUGGAAGGACAGAGCAUCUCCUUCCUGUGUGCGAGACUUGGGAAGACGUAAUUUGGUCUUACAAUAAUGCAUGUCUCCAAGCUACCAUCGAGAAAUUCCUUAGCCAUCAACCUGGUUCCGAUGAUGUUUCGGUGCCUAGUCAACCCAAUGAUAUCACCUAUCUACCUCUUGAGAUUGCUAGCCUAGCAAAUGGCAAGGAUAUAUUGCUGCCUGGAAUUGCUUGUUUCUUUCACCAUGCACAGACAAUAUUUCUUUCUAGCAAGCCACUCGAGCUUAUUGAUUGUUUGUACACCAUUUGUGUAGAUAAAAAGUGGAAUGCACUAAGUGGCAUUAGUGAGAAUCCAAAGUUACAGGACGUAUUCUUGCGGGUUGCAGCUUCCUUUGCUCUGUAUGUUCAGGUCUAUUAUAAAAUAGACGAUCCAAAGAUCAAUUCCUUGUUGGAAUGUUAUGCUACAAAACUCGCUGACCGAUCUUUUGAUGACAUGGCUAUGUAUACCUCAACGCUCCCAAGUGAUUUACAGACAAGUUUCAUGGCUAGAUUUUUUAAAAACUUUGAUGGAGACAAAAAGGCAUGCUCUGAACUAGUAAAGAUAGCAAGAAAAUACAGGGUGGAUAUUUCCAGUGUUCUAGAAUGUAUAUUUGUACUCUACAUGACAGAAUUUGUGAAUAAACAAGCCGUUUCUCAGUCUAGCCUACAAGAAAACUAUAAAUUUGAACUAGAAGGAGCGUUGUCAAAAAAUGAUCGGAUCUGCCUCAAAGCCGUAGGUUGGCUCAGCAUGGAUAACGCUAUGGCUAACAACCUGAUCGAAAGAAUCAAUGGAGUCCUAAGAUACCUACUUGCUACGCGUCAAAUUGGAUUAGCUUAUUUUGUAGCCAUUUCCGUUCCAGUUUCAUAUUUAAAUACGUUUGCCAUUUACGCAGACAGACCUUCAACAAUACCCGAUGUUGUCUCAGAAUUCUAUUACCACAGAAGUGUGAUUGAGAUUUUAAGAAUAGCAACCAUUGAAGCACUAGAUGCUAUUCAAAAAGCGAGAGAAGAUUUCCGUAAUUUGACAAAGGAACUCUCGGAAAAGAUCAAAGCUGUUCUGAAUUCAAAGUGGUUGAGGGUUAGCUCUACCGAGAAAGAAGUCUUGAAAUACAUGGACUGGGAUCUGGAACCAGCUCUGAUCGAACGAUUGUCUAAUGCUGAGCUUCGAAAGGUCUACAUCACACAACUUGUAUUCUACCUCCACGAUCUUUACUUUGAUACCUCGGAUAUCUUUGAACAGCAUUGCAAGGAUAGUCUCAACCUUAUGGAACUUGUGUCUCAAGGUCACCAUGGUAUUUACAAAGAUAUCGAAGCUGCGGGAAAAACAAGCCUUCUUUUGCAGCGUCUUUGUAAAUCAAAACUUAAGAUUCUAGAAGUCUCACAGUAG